AUGGAUUCUAGAUCGUCGACCGGCGCGCUGCUUAAUCUCGACCAGAAGCGUAUAUGUCACAAUGACCGCUGGGCGUACUCUGGGUUUAGCCUCCUCAAUCAAGGCCUCCGGUCGCAAACCGCAACCGCAGUACUUGUAGCUGCCUUCCUUGCCUUCAACAACUCUUCAACCGGGCAUGCCUUCUAUAUCCACCUCCACACGGUGUACGGCGAUCGGAACGUGAAUUGCUGGGCGACCUUCGUUAUCACCAGUGCCUUCUUUUGGAUAUGGGCGGGCGUCUUUGCCCUUGCGGACCUGACCUCUCGACCGUCCUGGCUUUUCAAGUACAAGACUCAGCCUUUCACCCGCGUUUCUCCGCGAGAGUAUGCGUGGAUCGCGUUAAUCAGUCUCCGGAAUCAAGUACUUGUCGCUCUGCCGGUGGCAUACAUAAGCAGCCUCAUCGUCGUCCAUCCUGUGCAUCCGAGCACGCUGCCAUCCGUGCCAGUCACCCUGUUGAUCAUCACCUUCGAUAUCCUCUGCACCGAGGUCGGCUUCUACUAUGUCCACCGUCUGUUCCAUCACCCGAGAUUUUACGCUCGCUUCCACAAACAGCACCACAGGUUCACAGCGCCUGUGGGCUUGGCUGCGACUUUCUGUUCGCCCUUCGAGCAUCUCUUCUCCAACCUCCUGCCAAAUGCCGUGGGCUUCCUGAUUAUCCCUCAUCACUGGUCGACCAUGGUGUUUACUCUGCUCCUUCUUGAGUUCAGCACCAUAUGCUCUCAUUCAGGCUACAAUCUCGCUCCGCUGCCUAGUAAUCUUCAGCACGACUUUCACCAUUUUGCAUUUGAUGAGAACUUCGGGCCCUUAGGCAUCUUGGACACCUUGCAUGGGACGAAUACGAGGUUCAAGAGGACUAUGCAGGCGGCAUUGAGGAGGGCGGAUGGUGACGAGGAGCGGGCUAGGAACGCGGUCUUGGAGCGAUUGGCGCAGCUUAGUGGUUGA